CGCACGCGCGUCGCGGCUUUUGUAGAUUUUGUUUUCUUGUUCAGGAGAUACCUGGUUAUGGAUUCUGCAGAGACUAGAUAUGCCCACCUACUGCAGCCCCUGCGGGACCUAACCAAAAACUGGGACAUUGACCUGGCCAGUCAGCUCGGAGAGUAUCUAGAGGAGCUGGACCAGAUGACUAUUUCAUUUGAUGGUGGUAAAACUAUGAUGAACUUUGCAGAGGCUGCACUUCUAAUUCAAGGAUCAACAUGCAUCUAUGGUAGAAAGGUGGAGCUUCUUCACACUCUUGUGUUUCAAACAUUGGACUACAUCUCUAACAAAAACAAAAACAAACGUGACAAACAAGGUUCUUCGGCUGAUGGUAACCAAGACAAAUCCCCUUCAGGUGACAGAGAAGAUGAUUGUGAGUUUGAUGAGAUUGAGCAGGAUGAGAACGCCAACUCUGUGAAUAUAACAAUGAAAGAUCCAACAGAGCCAGUGAGGAUUAUCCGUCUCCCUCCUGAAUCUCUCAUUCCUGCAGAAUCCCAUGAGAAACAGAAAUACCCCCUUCUCAGUCAUAAAGGGGAGAUUCUGGGCAGCUGUAAGGAUUUUCGAAUUAAUAAUUUCACCAUGGAUGAAACAGGACUGAUGCGACUGGGGUCUUUACUCACUCACUUCCUUAAAAACAUGUCAGAAAACCAGUUCAACUCUUCUUUACAUGCACCUAUGCCCUUACAGACAGAGGGUGUAGCUGAGGUGGGUGAUGUAUACACUGAUGAAGAUGAUGCUGGUGGAGCGGUUUGUCCUCCACUGGAAGACCAUGGCAUGGAAGUGGAGUCUGAGGAGUGGCUUGAACGGAAUCAGGCCACCAGUGAGGGGAGGAUGCUGAGACCAAGACCUGCAGUACAGCCAGUGUUCGAGGAGCCCAAGCAGCUCAAGGAAAUGAUGGACCCUUGGAAAUGGCAUGACUCGUAUGCGUCGUUUGGGGAGGACAAGCCUCUCAAAACAGGGAAAUGUUGCAAAGUGCCAGCAGGUCUUGAGGAGUCAGGAAAAAGGAAGAGGAAGGGCCCUUCAAAACUGCAGGACUUUGGGAGCUGGUUCUCCAAAACCUUUGAGGCUGCAGAUCGCAAGCUAAAGAAUGGACCUACUUAUCCUGACCUUAACUACAUCUUUGUGAGUAAAAUGGGCCAGCGCCUGAAAGUACAAAAGCAGAUACUCAGGAAAAGGGGUGUUUUUGUCUCCGAUGAGGAGUUGAAGAGAACUUACUUGGAACCAGAGAAUCAUGAGGAUCAGAUUGAGGAGGUCAGGCAUCCAGACGUAGAAGGCGAGGACUUUUCAGAUCAGGAACAUGACAACUUGGUUGAUGAACUUGAGCCUGCAGAACAUCUUGGUGAACAGGAGCAAAUAUUCCAAGACUUGCAUAUGAGCCGGAUAAGUUAUGAAGAUCUGGUGAAGAAGAGUGUGGAUUUGUUUCUGGUGAACUCUCAGAAGUACGCACAGGAAACGGCAUUAUCGCGAAGAGUGAAAGAGUGGGAGGAUGGGAUCAGCCCUCAUCUCACUGCUCAGGAGACAUGUCAAACUUUUGACAUCCAUGAGUAUGGAGACAGGAUUGUUCAGGCACUUUCUAGUGUCGGGGUGAAAAAAUCUUUUGCGGCCAUCGUCGAAGGCAAAGAGAACACAGAAGCCUGCAGAUAUAUGCUGGCUACAUUACAGCUGGCCAAUGAUUACACAGUGGAGAUUGACCAGGAGGAGGGCCUUGAAGAAUGCAUAGAUACAAUGGCUCUCACAUUACUGACUACACAAAGGGCUCAUGAGCGCCUCAAAACCUACAACGCACCCUCUGCUACAGAUAUUCCCUGACUUGUUUAUUGCUUAUCAUCUCUUAUCUGUGGCCCUUAAUAGAAGUGAUUUAUCAUAUACAAUUCAUGAGACAGAAAGGCACCACAAAGAUUUUCUUCAUCUCAGACAUUCAGAUUAUUAUAAUUUGUUUUUAAAUAUUUGUUAGGUCAAUGAAAAAUGCAUUCUGAUAUACAGCAUCACACUUCUAUUUGAAUUUGGUCUUGAAAAAUAUUUGGAUUGAUCUGAGUGCUGAGAUGAGGACAUGAUUAACAGGUGUGCUCUUGCUAACUGUAUUUUGCAAAUGAGACCUGCUUUUAUUUUUAUUAGGCUGCUUUGUCAUGUCAUAGCUAGAAUUAUAUUAUAUAAAAGACUUAUAAUGGUUUAAGUGGUCUGUUUCUAUGAAUUUUCUCUGAUUUAAAGUAAUAUCCAAGAUGUUGACUUAAGACCUUUUCAAUUUGUAUCUCCAAGUAAGCUCAACUUCUGAAAUGUUUUUUAAACUUUUUUGUUUUUUAAUAAUAGCACAUAAGCAUA